UGUAAGCGCGCACGCACGUGCCUCCCAAGUUCUGUCAUAUAAGCAUCGGAUUGUAAAUAAAUCGAGACGUUCGCUACAAACACUGUCAAAAUACUCAUCACCAUGGUUGAACCAGAACAUUGCCACUUCUAUGUUCAGCGCAAAAUGCGUUACUGUAAAAUGACUGUGAAAAAAGGAAGGAGUUUCUGCGGUGAACAUGAACCUACCAAAGGUGUAGCAACUGUUGAUGAACGCAUACCUUGUCCAUUGGAUCCUGGACAUACUAUUUAUCGAUCUAAAUUAUCCAAGCACUUGAAAGUAUGCAAUGCAAAAAUUGAACCAGAAUCACAACCGUCUUACAUUGUUAAAGGCAUAAACUUAGGAGAGCCUGUUAGUUGCAAUAAUGAUCAACCAUUGUCAAAUAUUGAUCAACAAAUCAUUGACAAUGUGUUAAAAAAAAUUGAGGAUGCAUAUGCCAAAUUACCAGCUAUAGAGGAAGAAAUUUUAACACAUGAAGUUCUUAAAACAGAAUUAGAAAAUUCAACUUAUGGAGCAGAAACAAGAAGACAUUUAUUACAAACAGCAUCUUUAUUAGGGCAUUUAAAACAAGCUGACUUGGUUAAUCAAAAUACCUGUUAUAUAGAAUUUGGAGCCGGUAAAGGAAAAUUAACAUAUUGGUUGGGACAGUCUGUACAGAAUAUUCCAGACUCUACUGUUCUCCUUAUUGAUCGAUCAAGUCAUAGGCACAAAAAAGACAAUAAAUUAAAAAAUGAUGAUUAUCAUGUAAAAGUGAUAAGAAUAAGGGCAGAUAUAGCUGAUCUCAAAUUGAACAAUAUUUCAGAAAUUAAGGAAACACCACACAAGGUAGCAAUAGCUAAACAUAUUUGUGGUGCUGCAUCAGAUUUAACUUUGCGCUGCAUGACAAAUUCAAUCAAAGAUGACAAAACUACUAAGGCUGGAGUUGUUGUAGCAUUUUGUUGUCAUCACAGAUGUGAAUACUCUCAUUAUGUUGGUUACGAGUUUCUUAAAAAAGAAGGUUUUACUCCAGACGAAUUUCCUAUACUUUGUAAAAUAGCUAGUUGGGCUACAUGUGGUAUUAAACUAAACAAUGAAAAUGACAGCACUGAACGAGAGAAAAUAGGCCAAAAAGUUAAAAUGUUAUUAAAUUGGGGAAGAUUGGAGUAUCUCGAGUCAUUUGGAUUUAAAUGCAAGCUAGUGUAUUACAUAAAAUCCGAUUCUACCUUAGAAAAUGUAUGUAUUGUAGGCAAACUCAAUAGAAACGAAGCAAGUGACCAAAGUAAAUAAAAAAAAUGUAUAAAAACAGUUAGAAAAUAAAAAAAAAUUUUUCAUU